AUGGACAGUCCUCACGCGCCACCAAUUUCUCCCAGUUUGGGCUCACGUAUGCUCGGGCCAUGUGCCGAGUGUGGACUACGGAUAAACAAUUUGGCAGAUGCGUGCCACGCACUCGGAUAUUUGUAUCACAACUCAUGCUUCGUCUGUUGCUAUUGUCAACGAUCUCUGCGUGGAAAAAUAUUCUACAAGGAUCAGGAUAAAAUCUACUGUGAGGAAGAUUAUUUGUAUUGUGGCUUCCAACAAACAGCUGAAAAAUGUUCCGUGUGCGGGCAUUUGAUAUCCGAAACGAUUUUACAAGCCAUGGGCAAUUCCUAUCAUCCGGGCUGUUUUCGAUGCUGCAUCUGCACUAAAUGCCUGGAUGGAGUCCCGUUCACUGUUGAUACGAACAAAUUGAUCUACUGUUUACCCGACUAUCAUUUGGUUCAUGCUCCCCGAUGUGGUGCCUGUGGAUUGAUUAUCAUGCCAGAAGAGGAUUGUAAACGAAAACUGGGAGAUGAACCGGAAAAUCGGUGCUACCCGAUGACUGAACCGGAUUCACAAGCACCCGAUCGCACAGUUCAACGAUUACUUUGUCUCAAUUGUCACCUGUCCCGAAUUGGAGCGGUCCCCGCCACCGUUGCUAACGUUACCAGUAGCACAACCACGAAACCGUCAAGUGCACAGAACAGUCAGUCUGGCGGCUCGCAACUCCGAUUCUACCCCCUGUCGUCCAAGUUGACUAAAACCUCCUGA